AUGGAAAUUCCAUUAUUUCAAUGUAACGAGGUAACACUGGCGAACUUUCUGUCGAAUCUGGCUCAGACCAACAGUUUCUCUACGGUGGCCGCUCACAGAGCGGCCAUCACGACGUGGCGAAAAGCGAGCGGAGAGAGCUGGACAGAGUCUACUCUGAUAGAGAGAGUGAUGAAAGGCAUAUUCAGAAAGAACCCACCGAAACCGAGAUACGCUAAGAUUUGGGACGUCUCAAUCGUUUUGAGUUACGUCAAAUCACUCGGGGAGAAUGGGAAAAUGGGUCUAAAAUCCCUGUCUAGAAAGACAGCCAUGCUUUGCGCGCUGGCAGCGCCGAAAAGAUCCUCCGAAUUAUGCCACCUAACUCUGAACCUUCUUAAGACUAAGGAGAGUUCGUGGGAGUUCACGAUACCCGGUAUGACGAAGAAUAGGGGUAUGGGGAAAGCACACUCAGCGGUCCUGGAAAGAUUCCAGGAAGACGAGUUGUUGUGUCCGGUGAUCACUCUUGAAGCGUACAUUAAGA